GCGAGCGCGGCGGGGAGAUGUGCCCGGAGGAAGGCGGCGCGGCCGGGCUGGGCGAGCUCCGCUCCUGGUGGGAAGUCCCGGCCAUCGCGCACUUCUGCUCGCUCUUUCGCACGGCGUUCCGCCUGCCGGACUUCGAGAUCGAGGAGUUAGAGGCAGCUCUUCACAAAGAUGAUGUGGAGUUUAUCAGUGAUCUGAUUGCCUGCCUGCUUCAGGGCUGCUAUCAGCGAAGGGAUAUCACGCCUCAGACAUUCCACAGCUACCUGGAAGACAUUAUUAACUACCGUUGGGAGCUUGAAGAAGGAAAGCCCAAUCCUCUGAGAGAAGCCAGUUUCCAAGACCUUCCUCUGCGCACUCGUGUAGAGAUCCUGCAUCGCCUCUGUGAUUACCGGCUAGAUGCAGAUGAUGUCUUUGAUCUUCUCAAGGGUCUGGAUGCAGACAGUCUCAGGGUGGAGCCUCUGGGAGAGGACAACUCAGGCGCACUCUACUGGUACUUCUAUGGGACAAGAAUGUACAAAGAAGACCCAGUACAAGGAAGGUCUAAUGGAGAGCUGUCCUGGAGCAGGGAAAGUGAAAGACAAAAAAAUGUCUCAAAUAUUCCUGGAAAAACAGGCAAAAGAAGAGGAAGGCCUCCAAAACGGAAAAAACUACAGGAGGAGAUUAUAUCCAGUGAAAAGCAGGAAGAAAAUUCCUUGGCACCUGACCUACAGACAAGAAAUGGGUCCCGAGGGCCAGGCCAAGGUACUUGGUGGCUCCUGUGUCAAACAGAAGAAGAAUGGAGACAGGUCACUGAGAGUUUCCGAGAGAGGACCUCUCUCCGAGAGCGGCAACUCUACAAGCUGCUCAGCGAGGACUUCCUGCCUGAAAUCUGCAACAUGAUUGCCCAGAAGGGAAAACGUCCACAGCGCACAAAGCCAGAGUUGCAACAUAGGUUUAUGUCUGACCACCUGUCCGUCAAAUCCAUCAAGCUAGAGGAGACUCCCAUGCUCACCAAGAUGGAGAAACAGAAGCGCAAGGAGGAAGAAGAGGAACGGCAGCUACUCCUCGCAGUGCAGAAGAAGGAACAAGAGCAGAUGUUGAAAGAGGAGAGAAAGCGGGAAUUGGAGGAAAAGGUGAAGGCAGUGGAAGAUCGAGCUAAGAGGAGAAAGCUCAGGGAAGAGCGGGCAUGGCUGUUGGCUCAAGGCAAGGAGCUACCCCCAGAACUUUCCCAUUUGGACCUGAAUUCUCCUAUGAGAGAAGGAAAGAAGACCAAGGACCUCUUUGAACUGGAUGACGAUUUCACUGCCAUGUAUAAAGUUCUAGAUGUGGUGAAGGCUCACAAGGACUCGUGGCCUUUCUUGGAACCUGUGGAUGAGUCUUAUGCUCCCAACUAUUACCAGAUUAUUAAGAUCCCCAUGGAUAUUUCAAGCAUGGAGAAGAAAUUAAAUGGGGGUUUAUAUUGUACAAAGGAGGAAUUUGUAAAUGACAUGAAGACCAUGUUCAGAAAUUGUCGGAAAUACAAUGGGGACAGUAGUGAAUAUACCAAGAUGUCUGACAAUUUAGAGCGAUGUUUUCAUCGGGCCAUGACGAAACAUUUUCCUGGUGAAGAUGGAGACACAGAUGAAGAAUUUUGGAUCAGAGAGGAUGAAAAAAGGGAAAAAAGAAGGAAUCGGGCUAGUCGAAGUAGCGGAAGCCAUGUUUGGACUCGCUCUAAAGACUCAGAGGGACCCAGCAGGAAGCAGCCCCCAGUGGAGAAUGGAGGAAAAUCACUGCCCCCUGCUCGCCGAGCUGCCUCCUCAGGCCAUGGUCAGAGUAGCAGCUCUGUACAGCUCCCUCCAGAGGUGGGCACAUCAAAUACCCAAGGCUUUUCCCACACCUUGCACUGUGGUAGGGUGCCUAACCAGGCACCCCCUUUAAACCAGAUGAGGCCCGCAGCACCAGGAACGUUUGGCUCUCUUCAAGGAUCAGAUCCCACCAACUUAUAUGGCUCCUCUCGAGUCCCAGAGGUGCCCCCAGGAGAGCCCUUGCAGCACCCACCCUUUGCUCUACAGGCUCCGGUUGGAAUUAGUAACCACCGAGGACCCCGGCUCAGUGCUCCUGAAGAGAAGAUGUGUGGGGGGCUAACACACCUUUCCAAUAUGGGAUCACAUCCCCCCUCCUUGCAGCUUGGACAGAUGAAUUGUCCUAGUCAAGAUGGGAGCUUGUAUCCACCUGCUCCAUUCCAGGCAGGAUUUAUUCCUUCUAGGCAUGGUGGGACUCCAGCCCGACCCCCAGACUUUCCUGAAAACUCGGAAAUUCCUCCUGGUCACAUUUAUCCUUCAUACAAGUAUCUGAAUCGAGCACACCCUGCAGUCUGGAAUGGGAGCCAUGGUACUGCAGACCCUGGACGGCUGGGGCCAGGACCCUCUCACCACCCUCAGACUCUUGGUCACAUGAUGGAUGGUCGAGUGAUGAGACCACCUAUCCCACCUAACCAGUGGACUAAACAAUCAGGCUUUCUACCUCAUGGAGUUCCUUCCUCGGGGUAUAUGCAGCCGCCCUGUAAGUCUACUGGACAUCGGUUGCAGUCACCUUCAGCUCCAGCACCAAGUCCUCUGUUCGGAGGACCCUCCCAGGCCCUCCGGGGGGUACAAGGAGGGGAAUCCAUGAUGGACAGCCCUGAAAUGAUUGCCAUGCAGCAGCUGUCCUCCCGAGUCUGUCCCCCAGGUGUGCCUUACCACCCCCGCCAGCCUACUCCUCCCCAGUUACCUGGUCCCUUUCCACAGGUAGCUCAUUCAGCAUCAGUAUGUGUGUCAGCCCCCAAGCCUGCGUUGGACAACCCUGGGAGCACACAGGAGAUCAGUGAAACACAAGAGCCUGAGAAUGACCAAGCAGAGCCUUUGCCUGGCCUUGAAGAGAAAACAAGCAUUUGUGCUUCAGAGGGGGUAUACCUCAAGCAGCUACCUCACCCAGCACCUCCCCUGCAAGCCAACUGUACCAAUCAAAGCUCACCACAAGAAAGAAAAACAGAGGACCCAGACCUAAAAAGUGAUGCUUCAGACACUGCAGACACUUACAAAGCAUCAAAGAACAAGAACACCUGGCCUUUGGACAACAGCUACAGCAGCCCAGCUGUGCAAGGCUGUUUGAGAGAUCUCUCCAUCGUGGCAGACAGGGGGACUCUGCCUGAAAAUGGGGUUGUGGGUGAAGCAUCACCUUGUAGAUCAGAGGGGAAGGGCCUUGGUGGCAGUGGUUCAGAAAAGCCACUCUGCCCCAGGGGUAAAACAUUACAGGAAACCAUGCCAUGUACAGGACAGAAUGCAACUACACCUCCUUGCACAGAUCCCAGUUUGAUGGCAGGCACUGCGAACCAGUUUUCUCCAGUCUACAUGCCUGGCCUAGAAUACUCUAAUUCUGCUACACAUUACCAUAUGAGUUCAAGUCUGCAAGGCUUAGGCUCUGUGAUGGGAGGCAAGUCCCCAGGAUCACAGCCUCAGCCCUUCUCUCCCAGGGGUUUCCAGCCUAACAGUCCCCACCCUGGACUCUUUCCCCGGUACCGCCCCCAGCAGAGCAUGAGGUAUUCCUACCAGCCAUCUUCUCAACCCUCCUACCAUCCCUAUCAACGGACUCCUUAUUAUUCAUGUCCACAGGGCUUUUCUGAUUGGCAGCGAUCGCUCCCUUCCCAGAGAAGCCCAAGUGGCCCCCCAGGGAGUCAGCCUCCACGCCACGUCUUCUCGGACAGGAAUGCCUUGCCUCAUCUGCAAGGUUGUGAGACACUAAAUGCUGCCUUAACUUCUUCAACUCAAAUGGAGGCAGUGGCUACUAAAGUUGUUCCAUCUGAUGGACAGAAUUCUGGCCCAGAGGGAGAAGAGAGAGACGAAUCUGGGGAUAGGUCAGAGAGUCCCAAAGAAUUUCUGGAUCUGGACAACCAUAAUGCAGCUACCAAGAGGCAGAGCUCACUGUCAACCAGUGACUAUCUUUAUGGAGCUCCACCACCACCUCUGAGUUCAGGAAUGACUUUUGGCUCACCUGCUUUCCCACCGCAUGGUGUGAUGCUGCAGACAGGGUCUCCAUACACUCCUCAGCGUCCUGCCAGUCAUUUUCAACCCAGGGCAUACCCAUCCCCUGUAGCUGCCCAUCCACCUCCCCAUCCGGUGGCCACCCAGCCCAAUGGCCUCUCCCCAGAUGGCCCUCUCUACCGCCGCCAGGAAGAGGGCUUUGGUCACUUCCCGGCUGCAGUGAUGGAGCAGGCUGGCACUGGAAGCGGAAUAAGAGGCUCUUUUGAGGAAGUGCACAGACCAUCAGGAAUGCACAUUCAUCCAAUCCCAUCACAGUCCUUAUUCCCAAAGACCCCGGCAUCUGCAGCAUCGCCGGAACAGUUGCCACCACAUAAGCCUCCAACACUUCCUCUGGAUCAGAGCUAGUCCAAGGAGGAAAUAAGCCCCAAGGAAAUGGACAGCUGCACGUGAAGACAGGCAGGCAGGCAGGCCUUGAGGAAUUUGCAGGAAUGCUGUUGUACAUGGCUGUUCUGUCAUCCUGUUCCACCUCUUCGCUGUGAAUCAAGCCAUCCUCAGCUGAACUGACAGGGCCUGUGGCUGGGAUCACAUACUUAAAAAGAGCAAGUGUACCUGGAGUUCUUGCCAGCUUCUCCAAACCCCAAGACUCUUGUUCAGGGGGGAAUCGCUCUAAACUUGGGUGGAGGGUAUGUGUGAGGCUGGAAUGGUGCUUUUAACGGUUCAUGAGCAGCUAAUCUCAGGUAUCUAUUUGGGGAGGGACUACUUGUAGUAUUAAUGUUUUUGGAGCUGGGUCCAGUUUACAGAGGUUUCAUGUUGCCUUUUUCCCUUUACAUUGUGGCG